AUGUUACACGAAAAACUUGAAGAAUAUAACAGUGCCUUUGAAAAAAUCAUGGAAGAGCUUGAAGAGCUUGAAGAGCCUGAAAUGCCAGAAGAUCCAAAAAGUUCUGCCCUGUCAACAACAGACGAAACCCCCAAAAAAAGUAGAGGGCAAUAUCAAAAGCCUACGGAUAAAGAUAUAAAAAAGCUUCUUUAUCUCUACUUCAUAAGGGGAUUAACUAUCAAAAAAGCCAGCAAGAUAAUACUUGCUUUAUUAUCUUAUAACUGCAUAAAAGGGGGGGAGCAAAUUCAGAUGGCAAUGGGAGCAAAUUCAGUUGGCAAUGGACGCAAAUUCAAUUUCUAUGGAAGCCAAUCAGAUGUCAAUGGGUUCUAA